AGCCGUAACCUCUUCGCUGUCGAACCUGGCAAAAGUUGUGCGGAUCCACUUUCUUUCCCUGUAUCGCAAGUUGCUACCAGGCUUUUUGCGAGCGAGAUCACCUCCGUGGACUCCGCAGGUGCCAAGGAGACCGCCGACACCCUCCUUAACUCAGAGGACACGAAAGAAGCAGGCGAGAUCUUCUAUCGUCAGGCUGUCGUAGCACUGAUGUCCAGAUUCGGAGGGAUCUUCACGCUCGGACGUCCUGAUUUGCGGGGCCAUUACCAUCUGGCACGCGAAGAACUUGUGCUGCGGAACAAAACGCAUAUGACAUACGAGGGGCGGCGGGCCGUGCUUCCGAGCUUUGUAUACUCUACCCGACGCGAACUUGCGAUAUUGGCCGAGAACUGCCCACAACUUCUCCUCACCCCACAGCAUGCACUCGUGCAUCCAGGCAUUGAUGCAAUCAUGUUCGAUGACAGCAGUAUGACAGUAUGGCUCGUGCAGGUUACGCCCGGUUCCCCACGCCCAGUUUCCCCUGAGGGUCUUCUCUUCCUGCUGGAAGUUGUGCGGGAAAGCCCUUACGAACCGUCCCCCACACAUCCCUGGCAAUUUGUCCAAGCCAUACGGGGGCAGCCUACCAACAUUUUCUUCCACCUCAGCGGGAAGGAAAGAACACAGCGCUUUUCCAUGAGUUUCUGGAUGCCACGCAUCAAGCCAUACAUGAUGCUGCUGCGCAGCACGAAGACGGACGUCUACUCUUCGGGGAACCCAUACGAGCAAUGGGGUUUGCCUUAUAAAGUUUCCCAGAAAAGCUCGCCCAGACUUCCGCAGCGCCUUGCGAAUUCGAUGGCGCACCUCGUCCCAAGGCGUCGGCGCACAACUGAACCCAGCGCUGCUCAGGUCAAUUUGACUUCGGAAAUUAACGAUGCGAUUAUACGGGGGUCGGGGGUGCCAGGAGCUCAGUUACUUGGAGAGAUUGAGAGGGAGCAAGAUCCAGGCCCGGUCAACCACUAUGUGCGGGAUGAUGAACAGACUAGUAGUUGGGGGAAGCGAUUGGCAGAGGUGUGUCGAUGAGAGUGAGAGUUCUUAUUUAUAGUAGUACAAGUACCCGUGGCUGAUGCUACAAUAUCCAUCGUCUGAUUUCACCAGCCGCGCCAGUCAGAUAUUUUUUAUGCGUGGUACGCGUCGUAUGGAUUUAGUGAGAUUGCGAAUCCAUUGGAACGACACGUGCUGGAUAUACACUACGAGUACUGUGCGCGUAUCUAGGCCCGUAAGAUUAGAAAACCCUGGACAAAAUGAAAUGACCAAAGUGACUUCGUGCAACUUGAUCGGUCAAUGACCGAUCAUCGA